CACCGUUCUCUCCUCUUCCUUUUCUCUUAGCCACCGCCUUACUCCCUUCAAGCCAGGCGGCUACUGUCGCCGCCAGCCCCCAUCCUCGCCGCCAUUCUCCACCGUCCUCGCCGCCGCGUAGCUGUUCGCGCCGCCGUCCUCGCCACCAUCCUCGCCGCUGAGGCCCUUUAUCCCUUUCUCUUCUGCGAACAGCAGCGGUCCGAGCCGCCACCGCUGAUGUAUCAUUCUCUGAAACUCCGGCGCCGCUUCUGUAAAAUCUGGCGACUGAUUUUCGCCGUUCUUUCCCUCUUUUUCUCUUCGUCUCGGUUUCCCUCUCUAAUCCCUCACUGGAAGCGCACAAUUGAAGGGAAGAAGUCGAGCCCUAGCUUCUCUGUCUGAAAUCGCCGGUCGCCGCCCUGGCUUGACGCCGCCGUGUCUCCCUUGGUCGGAGAUCGCAACACCGCUAAAGUCCUUCCUCUGCUCACAGAUCGAGCCCUAGUUUCUCUCGAUCCAGUGCUACAUCUUUCUUGUUUACGGAAUACCAAUAUGUAGGAAUUUUCAUGGUUACUUUUGCAGUCCUCAUCUUCCUGUUCCUGGGUUCAGUUGAGGGUUUCAGCACAAGUUUCCGACCUUGUACUUAUGAUCAGGAGAAGCUUUGCAAGCCUGCUCUUGCAACUGCUAUCUCCAGUACAGUUUCCUUCUUGCUUGGUGCCAUCACCUCUGUCGUUUCUGGUUUCCUCGGGAUGAAAAUUGCAACCUAUGCAAAUGCAAGGACAACAUUGGAAGCUAGAAAAGGUGUUGGAAAAGCUUUCAUUGUUGCAUUCAGAUCUGGCGCAGUUAUGGGUUUUCUGCUUGCUGCAAAUGGCCUAUUGGUUUUAUACAUUACCAUCAAUCUAUUCAAGAUCUACUAUGGUGAUGAUUGGGAAGGACUUUUUGAGGCAAUCACUGGAUAUGGUCUUGGUGGAUCCUCCAUGGCUUUGUUCGGAAGAGUCGGGGGUGGUAUUUACACCAAGGCUGCUGAUGUUGGGGCAGAUCUUGUUGGAAAGGUUGAAAGGAAUAUUCCCGAAGAUGAUCCUAGGAACCCUGCUGUGAUUGCUGACAAUGUUGGUGAUAAUGUUGGCGAUAUUGCUGGAAUGGGGUCUGAUCUUUUUGGUUCAUACGCUGAGGCAUCUUGUGCUGCUCUUGUCGUGGCUUCGAUAUCAUCUUUUGGAAUUACCCAUGACUUUACUGGAAUGUGCUAUCCGUUGCUUAUUAGUUCCAUGGCUAUCCUGGUCUGUUUAAUCACUACUCUCUUUGCUACUGACUUUUUUGAGAUAAAGGCUGUCAAGGAGAUUGAACCAGCAUUAAAGAAUCAACUUAUCAUAUCCACUAUUCUUAUGACUGUGGGAAUUGCAAUUGUCACCUGGACUUGCCUGCCAUCAUCAUUCACAAUCUUCAAUUUUGGUGUUCAGAAAGAUGUGAAAAACUGGCAGCUAUGUGUUGGUAUGUUAUCAGGGGAUGUUACUUCCAAGAAAGGACGAAGAUCAAGAUGGAAAUGAGUGUGAAGGAAGCGUUGGAGAGGUCGAUGAGGACUUUGUUGGAGUGGAUUCUUUUGACUUAGUUGAGCUUGUGUGUCGGGUUCUCUCCUAAGUUAGUUGCUGCAAAUUCAUCAUAGCAGGUCAACUAGUUCAUGAGGACUUGGUGCUAGAACACAUAAUAUGAUAGAUUUUUGUUUUAGCUAUAAGAUAGUUGGUACUUUCAAUUUUGAAUCGAAAUAUGCAAUGAUCAUAUGUACUUGAUACUUGGUUCAUUUGGAUGGUAAUGUAUGAAUAUUUUGGAUGAUAUAUAAUAUUGUUAUUGGUGAUUUUAUCA